CACUCUACACAAACACAAAUUAAUAAAAAAAGAAAACCCCAAAAAAACAGAACACAGAUUCUCCAACUCACACCUCCAAUCUCAUCUAAUUCCGAGAAAAAGGUGAUUUUUGUGAUUUAUCUGUCAAAACUCAAAAGUCAAAACUUUUGGGGCCACAUAUUUUCUGUUUCUUGAUUUGAAGUUGUAAGUCAUGGCUAGAGCUUCUGAAAAUGGUAAAGUCAAAGGUGGCGAUGGCGGCGCCGGCGGCGGUGGUGGUGGUGGUAGGAUCAGAAUAGGGUCGACCGGAAAAGUUAGUGCCUUGAUGAUGCAAGAAAUUGACUCAAAUCUCAAGAAGACUUCAUCAAAGAAACCUGCUAUAAGAAUCCAAACUGAACCAGUUUCGAUAUCUUGUGGGGCGGAGUCUACAAGGCGGCUCCGGCGGAUGGUGGCGGUGAGUGGCGGCAGUUCGAGCAAUGGCCACCAUCAGGUUAAGCCCGGAAAGAAGAAAACCACCCACAAGAUUCCUAUGCUUGAUUCCGAAGAUUUGUGGGUUGAUAAAACCCCAAUUCGAGGCAAAGAACGCAAGAAAGUGACACAAAGAAUUGUAGAAACUGUGGAUUUGAAGUGUGGGAAGAAUGAUGGAGAUUGGUCGAUUAUCCCAAUUAGCAACCAACUUAGAAGGCUUAGUUUUUCAAGGAUCUCGGAUUGAUUUUGAUGUUCAUAUUAUUAAAUGAUGACCCGAAAAGAUUUGAUGCGUUUCUUGGGGAAAAUUGUUGUGGCAUGUGUAUAGAAGAGUUUGAUUGAUUGAUUAAUAUAAAGUGUGAAAAACUAAUUUGCUUUUGUUUUUUGCUUAAUGAAUAAGAAAUGAGCAACUUUUUUCUUGA